UGGGUUGUAUCUAACUCCUGUGUGUGGAAUAAUGUUUUUCCCUCUGCUGAGGCUUACUUCUCCAGCCUAUUGUUUGAGACAACAGAUAUAAGUUGCGAUGGGAGAGGAGCGUCGGAUUUGGUGUGUAUCCCCCAUUUCCAAUUAUAGAUGGAUCAUUACAGACAGCGGAGUCCUGAGAAGCCAGACAUCUGCUCCUCACAUGAAUGCACUCACCUCCUAGAGAUCAGGCUGCCAUCAUGCUCUGGAAGCUCGUGGAGAAUGUCAAGUACGAAGAUAUCUAUGAGAUGUUAGUCCACACCUAUUCAUCCAUGGACCGGCACGAUGGCGUCCCGAGCCACAGCUCGCGGCUCUCCCAGCUGGGCUCGGUGUCGCAAGGACCUUACUCGAGCGCCCCGCCGCUGUCCCACACCCCGUCGUCAGACUUCCAGCCGCCCUACUUCCCGCCCCCCUAUCAACCGCUCCCCUACCACCAGAGCCAGGACCCCUACUCCCACGUCAAUGACCCCUACUCCCUGAACCCACUGCACCAGCCCCAGCAGCACCCCUGGGGACAACGGCAGCGGCAAGAAGUGGGUUCAGAAGCCGGCUCUCUCCUGCCCCAGCCUCGGGCCGCCUUGCCCCAGCUCUCGGGCCUGGACCCCCGGAGGGACUACCACUCGGUCCGCCGGCCGGACGUGCUGCUGCAUUCGGCGCACCACGGCCUGGAUGCGGGCAUGGGUGACAGCCUCUCGCUGCACGGCCUCGGCCAUCCCGGAAUGGAAGACGUCCAGUCAGUUGAAGAUGCCAAUAACAGCGGCAUGAAUCUAUUGGACCAGUCUGUCAUAAAAAAAGUUCCGGUUCCUCCCAAAUCUGUGACUUCCCUGAUGAUGAAUAAAGAUGGCUUCCUGGGAGGCAUGUCCGUCAACACCGGCGAAGUGUUUUGCUCAGUCCCGGGCCGUUUGUCUCUGCUCAGUUCCACGUCAAAGUACAAAGUAACUGUGGGGGAAGUUCAGAGACGGCUUUCGCCCCCUGAAUGCCUCAACGCGUCUCUCCUCGGCGGCGUCCUCAGAAGAGCCAAAUCGAAAAAUGGGGGGAGAUCUUUGCGAGAAAGGCUAGAAAAAAUCGGUUUGAAUUUACCCGCGGGCAGGCGCAAAGCAGCAAAUGUCACGUUACUCACCUCCCUGGUGGAAGGAGAAGCUGUUCACUUAGCUCGGGAUUUUGGGUACAUUUGUGAAACGGAGUUUCCAGCCAAAGCUGUUUCUGAGUAUUUGAACCGGCAGCACACGGACCCCAGUGACCUGCACUCCCGAAAGAAUAUGCUACUGGCCACCAAGCAACUUUGUAAAGAAUUUACGGAUCUGCUGGCGCAGGACCGGACGCCAAUCGGGAACAGCCGGCCCAGCCCCAUCCUGGAGCCGGGGAUCCAGAGCUGCCUCACGCACUUCAGCCUCAUCACGCACGGCUUCGGCGCCCCGGCCAUUUGCGCCGCGCUCACGGCCCUGCAGAACUAUCUCACCGAGGCGCUCAAAGGCAUGGACAAGAUGUUCUUGAACAACACCACCACUAACAGGCACACGUCUGGGGAAGGCCCAGGUAGUAAAACUGGCGACAAGGAGGAGAAACACAGGAAAUGAAAAAAUUUUUUAAAAAAGGAAAAAUGUUUUAAAUACAAAAGGAAAACAGAAAAAAAUUUAAUUUUAGCUUUAAAAUAUUGGAUUGGCUUUGGAAGAAUUAUAUUAGGUAGAAUACACAUACAAUCAAAAAAAUUUUAAAAAAGCUAAAUAACUUAAAAACUGAGGCGUACAACGGAGCAACAGUAUCGGUUCUCAGUGUCUAUUUCAAGAUACACUUGGAGACAACCGUCCGGAUUUUCCACUUCGGUUCUUUCGAGCUUAGUAAUACUGAUAAUAAAAGAAAACCAUGAUUUUUUUCCCCCUUUGGAAAAUAAACAUAAGACUAAACAUGAGAAAACGCUAACUUAUUGGAAGAAAAUCGGAGAAACAUUGUUGGUGUCAGUGCUUUGAGAGCUGGUUGACUGAGACGCACGAACUUUUUAAUUUUUAAUAUUUUUUUAGGAAACUUUCGCAGUCCCCGCCUUUCCACCUCACCUGACCCCUCCCCCAGCCACCCUUUUCUACAUUGCCCUCCCUUCCUCAAGCUGUCAUGGGAAUCUUCUGGGAUGCAAAUGAGUGUGGUUGGCCCCUGUGCCUGGUGUUUCAGUCCCCUUGGUGCCCCCGCCCCCACCCCGCCCUGCGUUCGUAACUUACCGGUGCCCAGCUCCCGGGCCGUUUGCAUAAUUAGGGAGGGCGAGGGCGGGCCGGGCGGGAGGCCCGCGGAGAGGCAGGCGGUAGCUGCAACUUGGGGUGCCAGCCGGCCUAGCAGAGGCUCCCUCGGCUGAGGAAAAUCCGGACCAAUAAGUCGAUUCAGACUCAUCAUCAAUUCCUUUCAGAGAUGUUGCUAGUUCCCAGCCUUGCCAGCAUCUGCAUAUCAGAGAAUCUUGCAUUUGUUACAAUAUGUGUCAUCUACCAAUUUUAAGAACAAUAGUAAAAAAAAAACCAAUAUGAAUACGUUGAUUAGUAUGUAAUUCCUUCGGAGGGGUAUGUACCAUUUCAUUCUCUUCUGUUUUCCAAAGCUUUGCCCGCAUGGUUUAUGAGCUUCUUCAAAGAGGACUUGGGCUUCCUACACAAUCUAUAAGGUACAGAGAAAAAAAAAAUCCGAUCCCUUUUUAAUCAAAGCCUAUGUGUCAGAAUUCUGCAGGUGCACUUCUUUAAAGAAGCUCAAAGAGAAUAAUUUAGAAAGCGGCCAAUAAGAGAUUGAAGCAGCUUUGAGUCUAGUUGCUAACAGAUACCUCAACACGGAAUUCUGGGGAGGCAGGGAGCUGCAAAAUGAAUUUUAGGGGAAAAGGGUAAGGGUUGUUGGAGCUCAAUAUUUUAACAAUAUUGCCCUACCUUUAAAAUUGAUUCCAUUUCCUUGGGCUCUUUGGCGAUCGCUGUUAAAGCGGGGAAAGAAGCAGCUUUGCGAGUGGUCCUGGGGAAGAGGGUAGUGCAAGCUCCCGUCUUUCAGCAGCAAUUGUUUUCUUACAAGAUGCUUUAUGAAUGAGGUUUUUUGUUUUUCCCUCCCAGACGUGCACUUGUUUUGGCAGAUAAUGGUAAAAUGAUGCAAAGUGAAAGGAUGUAUUUCAGCUUUGAAUUUUACUGUCUGGAUACACUGGGACUAUUCCCAAUGGAUACAGUUUCAUGCAUUUAAUCUCUCACUUCUGGCAGCUCAUCUCCUUUCUGGGGCUUCAUCAGGGCAUUAUCAUGAAAUAAGAUCUGGAACCCGUUGUCCCUGUCCUCCCAAAAGCUGCGAGAAAUCCCCUGGGGUGGGGUGGGUGAGACAGGUCUCUAAAUUUAGCGUCGACACACCCACCUCUUUUUACAAAGUAGACAUCAGGACCUUUGCAACAUCCCCUCAAGACAAAGAUCCAGGUGUCUGUUCUGCAAGAUUUACGGUUAGGACCCACUAGCACUCUCAGUUCUGCUGCCUGGGAUGGGCCUUGGCCUUGGGAGGAGGUUGGAGGGUUGGGGUUUAGGAACCUGUUGAGAGCUUUGUGCUGACCUUUUUAUGGGAGAGGGAGUUAGGGAGCUGGUUUCAGCUCACCAGGAGGGUCUACGCAACUGUUAAUGUCACACGCCAGCCCCUCUACCACCAGCUCCUUUGGGCGUCUCUCGGCGUGCAGGGCUUGGCCCUAGACGAGUUGAAUGCGUGCAAAAGUCAGGAAGUAGACCUUAUAGAGAGUGUAGACACGCCAUCUCUCCGCAGCUCAGAAGCCUGAGCCUUUGUCCGGGCGCCCGGCCGCUUGCCUUAGAUGUAUUCUGAUUGCAAAAGGCCAGGAGAAACCACACUGAAAACCAUCGUCUCCUUUCCUUGCAGGGCAACGCGCCCCACGCGUGUGACGUGCGAGAGACGCGAUGGACGCGCCUUGCUCUUACUGUGCAGGUCCUGAGAACCUGUGGGCCACUCGCGCCCAGUCGUGUUGAGGACAUAGAAUCAGCCGCUGGAGGGGCCGCGGGCCGCCCGGGCCCUUCCCGCUCUCGGUCUCACCCUAAGGGCUAAGGCGACCGAGAAAGCCCCACUCUCCCGUAGGUAAUGGGGCGGCGCCCCGCGGGCUGCAGGCGGGGAGGGGUUUCAGUGGCGCCGAGGCCCUUUGCUAGCAGCAGCCACCGCGGGCGUCUGCUCCCAGAGGGCGAGUGGCCUAGAAAUGUCCAGGGAAUCGGAAGCUUCCCCUGCCUGUGCCAGGACGAAAACUCUCUCCGCCCUCACGCUCCUAGAGGCGGGGGAUGGGAUACGAAUUGUCUUGCUUGGCUCCGCAGCCUCCCUUCGCCCGCGCCCGCGCCCGCGCCUUCCUCCCGCGCCCCAGCCAAGCAGAGCCCCCUGCGCGCCUCCCGGCCCCCGCGCGGGGCGAUCCCACUGCCCCCUCGCCCGCCCUCCCUUCUCCUUUCAUGUACCACCCCGCCCCUUGCUUUCGUUAGCCAGGCCCGCUACGUUUAUCUGAUAAUUGAGUUAUUAAAAGAUUUGGUUUCCUUGGGCCCAUAAAUCAAUAAACAGUAGGAUUAACGCAAGAGUUUGCCUUUUAAGUCAAAGGAAACGUUUAAAGCAAGCCCUUUUGAGCGUUGUUUUCAAACCAAACAGGUGAGUUGCAGCUCUCUCCCCAGGCCUGCACUCUACACAUUUUAUCCAUGCCGAGAGCCCUCUCCUAAAUGCUCUGUCCCACACCGAAAUAGCUAAAGAUAGAGAGGAGGAGUCCGGAUGUGGCUGCGCUGCCCUCACGCUUUCCACGUUGCACGUCCUUUUGGAGCCUCUAAAGGUCUCCUGACCAUUUUCCGCCCAACCCCGCCUCCUCCGACAUGUAUUGUGGGUCUCAGGGGAGGAAAAAAAAAAGGCUGUUCUGGGUGAGGAUUCCAUCUACGAAGUGAUCUUUAACUUCUCCCCAAAACUGGGAAGGUAACUUCCUCUCCCUACCCCAGGCAUCUUGCGUUUUCUUUGCUUCUCUCUGACUCCACAUCCUUAGCUUUCUCUAUCCCCACAUAAAGAACCGAAGAGGCUUUCAAAGACCUGGCUGUUUUAUUUUCUUUGGCCAAGGAAACCACUUUCUCUCAAUUAUUUCAUAUCCUAUGAAAACUUUGGUCGAAUGGAAAACCCGAAACCCCGAACUUAUCUACACACUGUUCCUCCGGUACAAAGCCUUACUUAAAAGGGCAACUCAUUCCUACUUAGAGUGUUUAUAGAGAAUUUGUCAUCACAUCUGAUAUCCUGUAUGCGUAAUACAUUAUGUGGAAAGGAAAUAAUAACCUUAAACCAUCUGAUGUUGCCUCAAGAGCCCACAGUGUUUCCCCUCCUGUGCCAAUGUAUGUUAAAUUAUCGGCGUUAAAAAAAGAAAUAUCAAAAUUCAUUUUGUUUUCUUUUAAAAAGUGGAAUGAACACUAUUCUUUAAAUGCCAAAAUCGACUUCUCUGUUGAGUUGGUCUCUAAUUCACUAACAUUGUUUUUUGCCACACAAUCGAGAAAUAUCAAUCUAUUGACUCUUCACGAGAAGAGUUCUGGAGGGUAUCCAUGUUAAGUUUGUAUAUAUUUAUUUAUGCUUAAUUUAAUGGGAAUGUGUAAAUAUGGCGAGCAAGUAGUUUGGGAUUAUUUAUCUGUGAAUCUAAACCUCUGUGAAUGGGUGGUAAAAAAAAAAAAAACCCGCUUGACCCUAGG